UUCGGGUCUACAAAAGCGCCUGCCGGAUUGUCUUGCGUACCGCGCUUCCGGCGGGUCUCCUUCGACAUGAGCUGCGGUGCAUCAUCCCCGGCGUCGAAGGUACACGGUGACGUGUUCGUGUGCGAACACAUGACAGACCAGCAGCCGAGCAAGUUGCCUGGAGAAUGUCAAUGGUACGAGUAGAGUGUUUUGUAUGAACGCAUGCCACCCACUUGUGAUGAACACAUGCCACCCUCUUGUGAUGAACAGAGUGUGUGGAGUCGUCGGGGAAGGUCAAGGUCAUGGCUGUAAGCUGGGUGCGCAUACGGAGGUUAGAAAGUCCACUAUGAAACGCAUCGGUAUAUAUAUAAAUACCGGGGCCAGGAGGCAUUCCUCAUCGAUCAACUUGUCCUCUGCCUAGUAGCUAGCACCGAUCAAGGAUGGCUCUUGCUCCCCGGUCGUCUCUGCGCUCCCUGUUGCUGCUCAUGUCCCACGGGAAGCCACAGCUGAGCUCUUUCUUCUCCUCCUCCGCCGCCGCCACAGGCGUUCCGCCGGUCGCCCCAGGAGCUGAUACCCCUCCGGCUGCUCCGGCCGUCCAGCUUCCAGUCACCACAGCUCGGCCAGAUCGUUCAUGCCCGAAGCUCCCUGAUGGUCCACGUACAUAUCAGGAAGAGCCUGUUCUUCGGCCACUUCAUGGAGUAACUGACAACGCUUGUCUGAACGCCCCUCAAGAUCCUAGCGCAUACCCAACUCCUGAUCAUGGGUCAUGUCGCACACCUGAACCUGUACCUGUCAAGCCUCCCCGGGCCAUCCCUGAAUUUCCUAUGCACCCUGAAGUUCCUAUACACAAAGUUCGUGAUCCACCACCUAGGACGCGUCGUGGCGCUGUAACCAAUGGUUCAUGUGGCACACCUGAAACUGUACCUGUCAAGCCUCCCCGUGACAUCUCCGAAGGUCCUGGACACGAAAUUCCUAGACACCCUAUUCAUGAUCCACCACCUAGGACGCAUCGUGGCGCUGUAACCAAUGGUUUCUGUGGCACACCUGAACCUGCACCUGUACAUGUACCCGUCAAGCCUCCUAGGGCCAUCCCCGAAUUUCCUAUGCACCCCGAAGUUCCUAUACACAAAGUUCGUGAUCCACCACCUAGGACGCGUCGUGACGCUGUAACCAAUGGUUCAUGUGGCACACCUGAAACUAUACCUGUCAAGCCUCCCCGGGACAUCUCUGAAGGUCCUGGACACGAAAUUCCUAGACACCCUAUUCAUGAUCUACCACCUAGGACGCAUCGUGGCGCUGUAACCAAUGGUUCCUGUGGCACACCUGAACCUGCACCUGUACAUGUACCUGUCAAGCCUCUCAAGGGGAUCUCCGAAGAUGUUAAACACAAAGUUGGUGAUCCACCACGUAGGCCUAAAGCUGUAAUCGACCAGUCUGCACAGUGCUCUCCGACUGCUCCUGCCGUUUAGUCUCCGUUCACCCCAGAUUUGCCAGAUCAUCCAAGCCAGAAGGUCCUUGUUCAGCUUUCAUCCACUUCCCAGGGGGUCUACCUUAUAGCUUGCGCUAUAUAUAUAUAUAUAUAUAUAUAUAUAUAUAUAUAUGCUUUUACUUGUAACUGAAGAUAAAUAUAAGAAGGAAAAAACUAAAAGAAAUUGCAUCUUGUGUCCACUCAUGUUCAUGGUCUGGCUUCAGCAAGAACAUAUGGCACCAGAGCAUUGUUUUGGUCCAUGCCGAGUUCCCGCAGCUAGCGCUCCGUGGACGGGAGCACUGGCAAUAGAGCAGGUUGGUCAUGGAUGCUGCCUUUAGCUAGCUCCAUGCAAAUCGUUGUCCUUGUGGCGGGGUCACAACUCAAGUGGUGUUUCAACGGAUCGUGAGGGAGAGGAACGGCUCUGCACAAUACCUAAUGCUCAUGGGCAUUAACUGCACAAACUGGGCAAUGGUGACAUGGAGGUGAGGGUGCAGCUGCAGGCACCUGUCAUGUGGAAGGCCGUCGAGUGGGCGAUGGAACUCAACCAAUUUUCCAUGCGUUUCACCUCCCAUCCUGUGAUCUGGUCGCAAGCAUUCGCUAAUUACAUCCUCAGGUGGACUCAACUGCCUGAGCCACAUGAGGAGAUACAACAUGAAUGUUUCAUGGUUCGGUCACCCUAUACGGAGCGGGGGCUGGAAUCACCCUAUAUGUAGAGGAGAUACGGUACACAAUCUAGUUCCUCUUCAAUGUCACAAACAACGAGGUAGAAUAUGAAGGGUUGUUGGUAGGGUUACGAGUAACAUUCUUGCUAAAUCUCAUUCGGUUAUGUCUCAGUCGAUGCUAUACUCAUGUGAUCUUACAUCAAGAUCCGUGCAUUUUUUUCUUUUUUCAGUUUUUUACAAGUUAUGCCACUUGACUGAGAUUUGGUUAAAUAUCAGACGACAGAGACCUAGCCACACUGUAGGAGUAACUUUUGCGCCUGAGGUUUGUCCGCUUGCUGGUGAAAGGAGAUUCCCAGCUUGUGGUAAGACAAGCAUGCAAGGAUUAUCAAACCUCGUGUUCAACCAUGGGAGUGUACCUUAUGGAGGUUGCAAAGCUGGAAAGGGUGCACGUCGGCUUUGAUUACCAACACAUACCGUGGCUGGAAAGUCAAUGGGCCGUCGAGAUCACCCAACUGGCUUCCUUGCGGUCUCUAGGAAAUUUUGAGAUCUUCGUUGAGAAGCUCCUCAAGCUAUCAAUAUCGCAAGCAAGCGAUGUAGAUGAAGAGGUUGGUGUAUGAGAGACCUAUUCGUCACCGGGAUUAACGGCCAAGCGGGCUGGACAUAUCAGGGGUAUUUGCUCGCACCUCCUUGAUGGCGGUGGGAUUACCCACCUAUAAUAUGCUGAUGACACGAUUUUGAUGGUUGAGGGGUCCGACGAGGACAUCGGACACCUCAAGUUCCUUUUACUAUGCUU